AUCAUAUUUUGUUUUGUCAGAAAUUAACCGAUCAACAAGCAGACAUCUUCGAACUCAAUAUAAGAGUUUCGUCCACUUUAUUUAAAAAAAAACCCCAAGAGCCUACAUAUAUGUAAAUAAUAAUAAUAACUCAUUACUAUUUUUUCAAAUAGUUAUUUAUUUAUUUCCUUUGUGUCUAAACCUCUUCUUCCGGACUCCCCAACAGUUUAUUUCGUCUUCACUCUGUUCCCUUCUGUAAUUUUUAAAUGACUGUUCUUUCAUCUUUAUCCAAUUCAACUGAACAUGGAUAUUUGUCUUACGGUGGAGAAGGAAUUAGAAAAAGUUUUAUCAAAAUUCACUGCACUUCGGGAACAUACACAGCGAGCUUUGGGUGACAUAGCAACCUCUGUAGACAAUAUCAAGAAAGAAAUCAGUGAAGUGCCUGCAGAUCAUGAGGUGUCUGCUACCCAGUCUAUGGUCCUGUCCCAAAGCCUGCGCCGAGUUCGAGAUACAGUUUCUAGACUCAGCACCGAACACAAGGACCUUCACAGUACAGUAUCCCGAGUGGGAAAAGCUAUUGAUAGAAAUUUUAAAUCUGAUUUUAGUUCAAUAACCACAGCUGGUGCAUUUGAAGGCGAUGAAAAACAGAAAAUUCUAAAUAAAGUUGUGUGUGAACACUUUUUACGUCAAGGAAUGUUAGAUAUAGCUGAGGCAUUGAAUGAGGAAGCAGAUCUCAAUUUAGAAGAAAGUAGAAAAGAACCAUUUUUGGAAUUACAUCGCAUUUUAGAAGCUCUUAAAGAAAAAAAUUUAGAACCUGCAUUAAAAUGGGCUGAGUCUAACAGAUCAAAACUGAUGGCUCAAAAUAGUUCUUUAGAAUUCAAAUUGCAUCGGUUACAGUUUAUAAGUUUGAUUCGCCAAGGUCAGAGCAAACAAAUGGUAGCAUUAAUGUAUUCCAAAAAUUUUGCACCUUUUGCUAGCCAACAUGCCAAAGAUCUACAGGUUUUAAUGGGAAGUCUGUUGUAUCUACACCAGGAUAUUGAAAAGUCACCCUAUGCAUAUUUAUUUGAACCUAUUUAUUGGGCAGAAAUUUGUGAUGUUUUCACGCGUGAUGCCUGUUCGUUAAUGGGAUUGUCAGUUGAAAGUCCCCUUACAGUCAGUAUGCGUGCCGGUUGUAUUGCCCUGCCUCCAUUGUUGAGCAUUAGACAAGUUAUGCAGCAACGCCAUUGUACCAGUGUUUGGACAGCUAAAGAUGAACUACCUGUUGAAAUAGAUCUUGGUAGUGAAUACCAUUAUCACUCCAUGUUUGCAUGUCCUAUUCUAAGACAACAAAGCAGUGAUAGCAACCCACCAAUGAGAUUAAUAUGUGGUCAUGUCAUAUCUCAAGAUGCACUAAACAAAUUGACUAAUGGAACAAAUACAGUUUCGGCAUUCCUUUCUCGUUCCAGAGUCAAGUGUCCCUAUUGCCCCAUGGAACAGAUUCCUGCAGAUGCUAAACGAAUAUACUUUUAAACCAACUUGACUUUUUUUUCAUAUUGUCUCUCCUUAAAAAUAAUAAAUUCAUAUCCUUAAUUUA